AUGAGUGCAAAAUUAAGACGAUCUCCAGUUCCUUCAGAUCAUUUCGACAAAAAUGAAAGAUCUGAAAGGUCUUCAUCUGAAAACAGGUUAACUCAUGAUUUGAUGUCAUCAAACAAAUCAUUGUCCAAAAGGCUAGACAUAAUCACAGCAUUGGUGGCGAUCGCUGUUUUCAUAACUGUUUAUAACUUUUAUGGUUUAACACGACUGGAAAAUCAACGAUUGGAUUCACUUACAUAUUCUGUCAGCGAAUUAGUUAAUCCUAACCUUAAUAGGCCUGUUGUCACUGAAUGUCAACCUAAUGAUCCCAAACCUAUAGCUUGGAUUUCAGGGCAAAGAUUGGAAUCGGGUUAUUUGGAUCACGUAAUCGAUGUAUUUGAUAAAAUUGGUUAUCAAAUCACAUACAAUGGUUCCGAUGAGUGGGAUGUUCUUUGGUCUCAUGAUUAUCCAUUUAUGCGUAACUUUUUGCCCACUUUGAAAUCACAUCAAAGAGUCAAUCAUUUUCCAGGCUCUGGCUUCAUAACCAACAAAGUUAACCUGGCUACUUCUAGACUAAAACACAUCCCAUUAGCAUUUAAUUUGCCAAAUGAUAAAGAUAAAUUUGUUGAACACUCUAAAAUGCAUCCAAAUAAACUAUGGGUUAAAAAAGAUAGUAAUCAUCGGGGUAUACGUAUAUUAGACUUGGAAACUGUUAAUUUGAGUGCAUCUGGUACAUUUAUGCAAGAAUAUAUACAGAAACCAUAUCUAAUAGAUGGAAAGAAAUUUGAUAUAGGAAUCUAUGCAAUCAUGACAUCAAUAAACCCAUUGAGAGUUUAUAUUCUUGAAAGCGAUGCUCUCUUGAGAUUUUGUGCCAAACCUUACUAUCCAUUUAAUAGCUCAGAUGUGGACACAUAUGUUGUCGGUGAUGACUACACACCAACGUGGAUGAUGCCAUCACUAAGAAAAUACUUCAUUGAUCUCAAUAUGAAUAUGAAAGAGUCAUUUAAUGGAUAUUUGCGAUCACUAAAAAAGGAUCCGACAUUUGUUUGGAAACAAAUUGAGGACUCAAUUAAAACCGUUUACUAUACUAAAGAAGAGCAAAUGUUGCAAUUGACUGCAGCCUUCCUGUCCACCCGACACUUCUUUGAAUUAGUUCGCUUUGAUUUUGCCUUAGAUGAAGACCUAAAUGUUUAUUUAAUGGAAGCAAAUAUGUCACCCAAUCUGUCAUCAGCUCAUUUCGGACCAAAUAAAAUGCUUUAUGAACAGGUCAUCUUUAAUCUGCUAUCACUGGUAGGUGUGGCCCGAACUUUGAACACCAAAACAUGGGUAGAAAGAGAUGCCGAAAACUAUAACAUAAUGGUGUCCACCAAAGAUUUGUCAGUUAAUGAAGAGCUUUGUUCCAGUGAUAAAUGCCAUCUCUCUUGUAAAUCAAAAGAUUGUGAUGUUUGUUAUCACUGUCUAAGAGAUGACCACAAAUUGGUAUUAAAAGAUGCCUUUUUGGAACACAAUUCCAAAUGGAAUACUAAGCGAUUGAUUCCAUCGACAACUGAUGAAGAAUCAGAUCUAAUCAAAAGUGAAGAAAACAUUCGCCACUUGAAGUGGUUUAAAGGGAAGUGUCAGCAAAACAAGCUGUGGUGCUAAUGAUGUUAUAGUUUGUUAAAUUAUAAAUUAAAAAUCAUUAAAAUAUGUUUUCAU